CAUUUUCCCAGGGCACUUGGAAUCAACCUUGUUUGUUGCAAGUAUGAUGUGGUGAGCACAUUAGUAAAUUUAAUUAGAACUUCCUGCUAAACAUUUCUCAAGGGUCUUAGUCUGUACCUCAGUCUUAAUUUUAGUAAUAAAUGAAGAACUCAAGAAAAAAAAACAAUAGCAUUGAUAUUCUAGCUACAGUAGGUAAAGAAAAUGGAAAUCUGUGGGAGAUGUAAGUGAUUUGUGUAUUCAGUUAGAAAAGCAGCCCUUGCGGUGGGGUUACAUGAUGUUGGGGACACAGAGGACUGGAUUGUCUUCUGGACUGACUGGUCUGCCUUCAUGGACCGCAUCAUGGACAUGAAAAGUUAUGUUGAGUUCCAAGGAUACUGUCGAAUGUGGAAGCACAGAACGUUUAUCUGUAAGCCUGACAGCGGAUGCCAAGGCAAAGGCAUCUACAUCACUCGCCAGCCCCAGAGCAUUGGCCCCAAUGAGCACAUCAUCUGCCAGGCUUACAUCUCCAAGCCCUUCAUCAUUGAUGACUACAAAUUUGAUUUACGGCUGUAUGUCCUGGUGACGUCAUCUGAUCCUCUCAGGAUAUUUUUGUACAAAGAGGGCCUUGUGCGCUUUGCGACAUCUAAAUACAGGAACCCUCAUAACAACAACAUAGUAAGAUUUACGACAGCACUGUCCUGGAAGAUAUAGCCUUCUCUGUAACCUGGGUCUUAUGUGUAAUUGGUUGUACUCUCUUAUUUUUUGGAGUGACAUGUGCAUGCAUCUCACCAACUAUGCCAUCAACAAACAUAGUGAGAAAUUUGAUCCUGAUCACCAAAAAGGCAGCAAGAGGUAACUGUUCAAACUGUUAAUGUAAAGACAAGUCACCAAAAGGGGGUGGUCAUUUUUAAAUAAUCUUUGCUGUUGUUAAAUGACAAUUUUUGGAUCAGAAAGCUCUCAUGGCUGAGGUCCUGGCUAGGACAACACUCAUAUGAUGCUCAGUCCAUGUGAAAACGACAUUGAGGAUGUGAUUACAAAGACGAUUAUUGUUGCAGAACCCGUCCUCCGACAGAACUACCGCACAGCCUUCCCCAGCACGUGGGCCCCAGCUCCUGCUUUGAGCUGCUGGGCUUUGACAUACUGCUGGAGGUGGGCUAAUGCUAUGGAAGGACAAUUAGGUGUAGCUUCUUUAUGUUUUUUUUAUCUUUAUGUUUUUUUUUAAUACAAUUGAUCCAAUAUCUACUAAUAUCUGUCUUUUAAACACAAGAAAAGCCUCAUUCAACAUUGAUACAGUAUUUCACUUUGAAUCUGUGUUGUUCUUGAGGUUUAUCUUGAUGAAACUUUGGAUUGCUUUGAAAGUGUAUAAAUGCUUUCCUUCCAACCGACAUUCAUGCAAAAUUCUUCCAGUAUACAAGGAAUGUGGUGACCUGUAUGUUGACAGGUCACCUUCUGGUUAAGUGUUGACAGUAAUGCGAGAGUGAAGGUGACCGGUUACGAUUGUUUUGUGGGGGAUGGGGGCCCAUCUGAAGAUGAAGAGUGUAUCUCUCAGUCAUAAAUAAGUAACUACUACAUAAACUAUCAGUGUCAGGUGGUCAGGCUAAUUGAUAUGUACUGUAUGUGUUCAUGGAGGAGAAGCGUGUGGUUAAA